AUAGGGAAAAAUUACUAAAAAUUAGUAUCAAAUAAUUUAUUAAUAAUAAUAAAUAAAAUUAAAUUAAACAAAUUAAUUUUAUUAAAAAUAUUAAAUAUCAAUAUUAAAAAGAUAUUUAAUAAUUUUAUAAAAAGAAGUGGACAAUUUAUUUGGACUUGGUCUCUCUCUCUCUUUUUUUUACUCUCCCUCUGUCUUUUUUCUCUCUCGUAGAGGACACAAAAAAAAUUAACCAAAAGCAUGUGUUAAAAAUUAUUAUUCUUUUUAUAUCCUUGAAAAAUUAUAUUGAUCUAAUCACUUGUAUGCAGUGUUUAAUUUAUUUAUAACAUAUACUUAUUUUUUAACCAAACAAAUUAAUCAUUGUACUUGGUUUAUAAUUUUAAUUAACUGCCAAGAAGCUUAAUCUGCCCAAACUGUGUCAUUUUGUGUGUGUUGUACAAAAAAAGAGAGAAAAAAAUAAGGAAUAAAAAUUAAAAAAUGGCGAUGACCGAAGCAACAAUCUCUGGUGAUCCCCAGAUCCAGAGAAUGAUGUCUAAACAAUUACGACAAAAAGCUCAGGAAUUUUUAUCAUCAAGAAAAAAGGCAAAUAAUCUUGAGGAAAUAAUAUCACAAUGGGAUGAAUCAAAUGUAUCAUAUAUUCUGGCAGUAGAAAUGAUCUUUAUGGAAGUAUUGAGACGUGGUGAUAUGUAUUUGGAACAAACAAUUAAUCUAACAAUAUCUGAACCAAAGCCAGAGAUCCAAUAUAUUAUGUGGUUAAAAAGUGGUUAUUCUGAAGUAUGGGAAAAAUUAUUGUCACUUAUUGAAAAUGGUAAAUUUGAAAUUCAACAACAAGCAUUAUCAACGUGUUUUAAAUUAAUGGGUGAAGAAGGUAAAUCACCAAUUGAACCAGUUGGAAAAUUGAGUUAUUAUUUUCCACUUCAUCGUUUAAAGCCAUUACUCAGAAAAAUUGUAUCACCAGAUCGUGAUAAUACACUAUUAAUAUCACGACAUCUCGAAAUAAAUGAUUACAAAGAUUCAUUAUAUUUUACAUGGAGAAGUUUACCACAAUUAACACCAAAAUUUCAACCAAAAGAAAAUUUUAUGAAAAAUUUACUUGCAUUAAUUGAUAAAAUACCAUUACCAAAUGAUAAUGAUAAAAAACAAGAAUAUGAUAACGAUGAUGAUAAAAUAUUAUGUGGUCCACAAAAUGUAUGUGGUGGUUUUGUUUGGGAUCAAUCAUCGGCAAAACGUUUAUUAAAUAAAGUAUGGUCAUGUAUAAUGCAAUGGGAAUUAUCACCAAAAAUACAUAAACAAUUAUUAAUUGUAUUACUUGAACGUGUUAUUCAACAUCUUGAAAAACCAGUAUUAUUAACUGAUUUUUUAAUGAAUUCACUUGAUUGUGAUGGAACAAUAAGUCUUCUUGCAUUACAAGGUGUAUUUAUACUUGUUACAAAACAUAAUUUAGAAUAUCCAAAUAUAUUUAAAAAAUUAUAUUCAAUGUUUGAACCCGAAAUAUUUCAUACAAAGUAUAAAGCACGUUUAUUUUAUUUGGCUGAUAAAUUUUUAAGUUCAACACAUUUACCUGAAUCACUUGUUGCUGCAUUUGCCAAAAGACUUGGACGUUUAACUCUUGUUGCACCACCAGAAGAUAUACUUGUCAUAUUACUGUUUAUUGGUAAUUUGAUGAUACGACAUCCUGGUUUAAAACGUUUAAUUGAUCAUCCAAUUGGUGGUGGUGUUAUGAUUAAUGAUAAUCCAGGUAUUGGUGAUCCAUUUUUAAUGGAUGAAUGUGAUCCAUUAUUAAGCAAUGCAAUGUUUAGUAGUCUUUGGGAAAUUCGUGCAUUAGAAAAUCAUGUAUUACCAAAUGUUUCAACUGCAUCAAGAUUUAUACGUAAUCCAUUAUCAUCAACUGAAUAUGAUAUGUAUAGUAUUUUAGAUAAAACUGGAGGACAAUUAUUUGAUAAAGAAAUUAAAAAAAGAGUUAAAGAUAUUAUGCUGACCUUUGAAAGACCAAAUUCAAUGGAACUGCCAAAAGGAGAGAGACUCUUGCAAUACUGGAAAUUUACAACAACACUUCGUUAGUUUUCUUUUUUUUUUUUGUUCUUAUAAUUAAUAAUAAUAAUAAUCAAUUUUUGAGUAUUACAUAUAUCCAUCUACAUCAAUGUUCAAAUACAAUUAUUUUUUAAGUAUUUAUAAUUAAAUAUCUGAUAAAUUACUUGUUAAAAAAAACAAUAAAUAUAAUUGUAUGUUUUUUUUUUUUUUUUGAUGCUACAUAUAUUGCCAUUUGUAUUUGAUAAAAUUUUCCAUACUCUAAUUUUUUUUUUUUUGUUCAAUAUUAUUAUUAUUAUUAUUAUAUUUAGUUGAAAAAAAAAUAAAAUUACCUGGCUGUGUGUUAAGCCUUUUGAUGAUGAUUAAAUGCGAACCAUCAGAAG